CUGAGGGCGCUGUUGUCGCAUCUGCAAAGAUCAAACGCGGCCCCGUUUCAAAUGCCAAGCGGAGGAGCCGAAACAAUAUUCAUCGCCGUGAAUGGCUGCCAUAUAACUUGACGCCGGCAUCUAUGGGCACGACAAUCAGCAUCUUUCGACUCUGCUCUUUAUUAAUCACUCUCAGCGCUCGCCAUCUGGCAGUACUCAGCUCGUGGCGCCAACUACAAUCAGCAAGCCUAUCAGCUUACCCUCUGCCCGCAUUGGGCGCUAGCGCGACCCGUCUUCGGCGCCCCAGCCUGUGUCGACAUUUGCAGCGUCGCGGCUUUAAGCCCGGAAGAGCUGGUGGCUUUGCGGACUCCUCCUCUCCGAAGUAUUUGCAGACAAUCUGGCAUUUAUAAGGAAGCUGGCCUUCUAGUCAUUUGCCGACCCUCCACCAAGCCCCGGCUCUCAUAUAUUGUUCUCGGUACUUGCGCCACGCUUAUUGCUUGCAUGAGGUAGUACAUAGCCUCCGUCGGCCCCCU